AUGUCGUACGAUUUGCAAACCGCUGAAAAAGCCGCAUAUGCCCCAUUCUUCGGAUACAUGGGAGCUGCCUCCGCUCAAAUCUUCACCGUUUUGGGAGCCGCUUACGGAACAGCCAAAUCAGCCGUCGGUAUUUGCUCAAUGGGAGUUAUGCGACCAGAAUUGAUCAUGAAAUCAGUUAUCCCAGUUAUUAUGGCUGGUAUCAUUGGUAUCUACGGUUUGGUCGUCGCCAUGGUUUUGAAAGGAAAAGUCACAUCAGCUUCGCAAGGUUAUGAUUUGAACAAAGGAUUCGCUCAUUUGGCUGCUGGUUUGACUUGUGGACUCUGUGGUUUGGGAGCCGGUUAUGCUAUUGGUAUUGUUGGAGAUGCUGGAGUUCGUGGAACUGCUCAACAACCAAGACUUUUCGUCGGAAUGAUCCUUAUUCUUAUCUUCUCCGAAGUCUUGGGACUCUACGGAAUGAUCGUUGCCCUUAUCCUUGGAACUUCAUAA